UUCGUUUUACUGCAACCCUCGGCUGCUCGGAGGGAAAGUUUGCCGGUCUCGUAGGCAUAUCGGAGCCUGUUGCAAGUGACGUGCGCGCGUACACUCUAAUAACGAGCUAUCGUGCGUCGAGUGUGAGUCAUUUCAGGAGCCGGCGUCUAGAUGCCCGGGUAUUGGCUGUUUCCCAGUGCAUUGCUUCUGCAUUCGUUCGGCGAAGCUUUUGCCUCUGCUCUCAAGAAGAGGAAACAGCCGAUUCUUUGGCUGCAUUUGUGAUAAAAAUUGAGAAUUUUGUAAAAAGUUGAAUCUUGACAAACAAUCAAAACAUGGAGAUUAAAGGUCGAAUCGCUCUGAUUACGGGAGCAGCCAGUGGCAUAGGUAGAAGUUAUGCCGAAGAAUUGAUGAAUCAAGGAGCCAAGGUUUCAAUAUGUGAUAUAAAUGUAGAAGAGGGAGAGAAGUUAUACCAUAGUUUGGCUUCUAGGCACGGCAAGGAUAAAGUUAUAUUUUGCAAAUGCGAUGUCACUGAUUAUCCUCAAUUUGAAGAAUCCUUCAAAACUACAAUCGCCACAUUUGGUUAUAUUGAUAUUGUUAUCAAUAAUGCAGGUAUUAUGUAUGACAGAUUUUGGGAGCUCCAAGUUGAUAUAAACCUUAAUGGUGUAAUUCGUGGGAUUCUAUUGGCCCUGCGCUUUUUGGGAAUUGACAAUGGUGGAAGAGGCGGUGUAGUCAUAAAUACUGGAAGUAACGUCAGUAUUAAUCCAUACAUAAGCGCUCCAAUUUAUUCUGCAACGAAGGCUGCGAUAGUUAGUCUCACAAGAGCUUUCGGAGAUCGGUAUCACGUUUGUCUUACAGGGGUGAAAGUAAUGGCAAUUUGCCCAGGGGCCACUAAGAGCAAUUUGGUGUCUAACGUUGGUAAACAACUUUUGACACCUCAAUAUGAAGAUGCUUGGCGUCGUGAUACUGCAACUUCUAGUUCCCAGACACCUGAGCACGUGGCAAAAUCAUUAAUUCACUUGCUUACAAAUGGCAAGAGUGGUAGUGUCUGGCUCGUGGAAAAUGGACAGCCAGCAUGUGAAAUAACUUUUGCAAAACACUGAAAUAUACACAAAUUAAUAUUUUAAGCAAAUUAUUACUAGAAUCGUCCAAAUAAACGAGCCAUCAUGGAUAUUUCCUAGAUUAUAACUAUUUAAAAUUAA